GGUUAUCGCAUUCCUUUUAUUUCAUGGCCUCCUAGAGCUUUUUUCUGUAACAAUAGGUCUGCCUUAGAUCAUGCCAGUUUUGUUGACAGUACUAUUUCUGAUCUGCUUCUUGCGGGUUCUGUUAUCGAAGUUUUUACGCCUCCCACGGUUGUCAAUCCUUUAACGGUAUCCGUUAGCUCUGUGGGAAAGUGCCGCCUUAUUCUCGACCUCCGUCACGUCAAUAAGCUUAUUCCCAAAGUUAAGUUUAAAAUGGAGGAUAGUAGGACUUUUCUUAAUUACGUACACUCGCCAGAUUAUAUGUUUAAAUUCGAUAUGAAGUCUGGGUAUCACCAUGUUAGCAUUCAUGAGGAAUCUCAAACUUUUUUAGGCCCCUCGGUAGCUCUGUAGAGCCCAGGUUUUUUGUUUUCGCCGUGCUCCCGUUCGGUCUCUCGUCAGCGCCUUACGUGUUCACUAAGGUUUUUAGGCCGCUAGUUAAGCAUUGGCGCUCCCGGGACAUACCCUUGGUCUUGUAUUUAGACGACGGCGCCGGAUGCCUCCAUGAUUUUUCGGUAGCUCAGAGUACUGCUUCGGCUGUUAGAUCUGGUUUGGCCAACGCGGGCGUGGUCGCCAAUGAGGAGAAAUCUAUUUGGGUUCCUACCCAGGUUUUAGAAUGGUUGGGCAUUGUCUGGGAUCUUUCGCGUGGCCGCAUAUUUAUUCCUCACCGCCGCAUUGUCAAGUUGCUUAGGGCACUCCUAUCACUAAAAUCUGGUUCUCGCUCCGUUACCCCACGCGCGGUUGCCUCUGUUACAGGGCAAAUUAUUUCCCUCACCCCUGGUUAUGGCAACAUUACACUCCUUAUGUCCAGAUUCCUGCAAUCAUUCGUCAAACUUCACAGCGGGUGGGAUUGUCCUUUGGAUUUUAGGUCCUAUCAGUUUUUCUCCGAAUGCCUUCAGGAAAUUGAUUUCUGGCUUUCUAACUGUGCCAGACUCAAUGGGAGG